UGUUAACUGUAUAUUUUCGUUAGUCAAGCAAAAACUGCAUCGCGGACGCACGCGUUUAUCUUUACAGAUACUAACAUCAAAGAUUAACUUGUAAAAGAAAACAAAAGAUAAAAUUAACAUAAAAAAGAUAGUUUCAAGUUUUAAUUCUUAUAAUAAGGAUAAACUAGUUAUGUGACAUCUUGGAAUAUUGAAAAGUUGUCGAUAAAAGUGAUUGUGCAGUUUUUAGUUGUUUUUGAAUCGAAAGACAAUGUUUCAAUAUGAGUACGAGAAGCGUCCCCAGUCGUGCGACAGUCGCGCGACAGGGCGCGACAGUCGUGCGACAGGGCGCGACAGUCGUACCACAGUGCACGAUUGGCACUCGCGACCGCUGCCGCCUAGGCCUGAAGAUAGGUUACCCACGAAAACUAGCGUGCCGCUAAAAGUUUGGGUCAUAGCAAGCGCGUCGUGUUUCGCCGUCUGCGGAGCUCUGGUACUUGCAACUAUAGUUAUCACUAGAACCGCCGCCAGCGACAACUAUACUUCUAGGGGACUCUACGCUGAAGCCAGGGAACCUGUAUAUCCAAUGGGUUAUCCGCAACCAAGGUUACCAACAACCACUGAAGGAGAACCCUCGACAACCCAAGAAGAUAACGACCUUAACUACCCAAUUCUAGAAAAACUAUCCAUUUUCAAAAACAUAGUCGGCAAUCGCGAUAGGAAGAAAUCAGAAGAAAAUCUAGUAUCGAAACCACAAAUCCAUCCAAUCCACGAUAUAAUGCACCAUCCAGAAAGAAAAAUCGAAAAAAAAGAUCAGGCAAUACUGCCUGAUAACUUAAAUGAUCAUAUAAUUUCAAAACAUGAUUUUAUUAGACCUAUUUAUCAAGGUCAUGGGAAUCCAAAAGUAGAAAACCAUGAAAGUAGUAAUGAAGCUAAACUAUUCAGUAAUGAUUUAAGUGGAGUCCCAGAAUUUAAACCGACCUUACCAGAUCUGUUCCUGCGUGAUAACAUUAAGCUAUCAGACGGUUAUAUUGCAGGUCUAAAAAAAGUCCAAGAUGAUAACUACGAAGAAUACUAUGAUGAUAAUAAUUUAUAUGAUGAUUAUAUACAGAGCAACUCCAUGACCAGUUAUUUGAUAGAAAAAGUGCAGGAGUUACACGAUUGGAUAGUUACUGAUCCAGAUUUUGACGCUAAAGCGAUUGAAAAACGUAAUUCUGUUAACUCCACUGGUAAUAAUGAAUUUGGACAGUUAUUAAAAGCGUUAAAUGAAAGUUUGAUUGAAGGUAAUGUAACAAUAGUGAUGAGUAAGUUAAGGGAAUUGUAUUUUGGAGAGAAUUUCACUCAAGCCAAUCAGAGUCGGAAAGUAAUUUUGAGUAAUAGCACGAACUUGCUGUCGUUCGGUAUAUUGACGCUGGAUGUGAUGUUGCUGCAUAAUAUACAGCUGAUGGCGUGGGAGAGUCAGGAAGCAGCUAGAAACAAAAUGCUCAAAGACCCAGAUGUGUUUGCAUUCAAUGCACUUUUCAUGGAGCCAUCCAAAGUGGAGGCGAAAAGAAAUGAAAUAUACCACCAGUAUGAUGCUUUCUCAAAACGUCAAAAUCUUCGUCAAGAGACAGAAGACUCGGACUUCGGGAAGAAUCUUCUAGAAAACGUUUUGGAGAUAGGUAUGAGUACAGCGCGCGCGGCGAUACAUCUGGGAAGAGCUUUUAAAAACACCAAAAUGGUCCUAACCCAGAUAUCCAAUCGCGAAACACUGAAUGCCAACAUUCAAAAUCAAAUCUCGCGCAACAUUGAUGCCAACACUCACGCGCUAAAUCAUCUCCAGACGUCAUUCAACAAGAAUGACAGUUCAAGUGCCAAUGUUGCCAACGCUACGAGUGCAUUUUAUACCGAUUUGGAUUGCGUUUGGUUGUUGUAUUGCAAGAAUUUGGUCGCGACGGCGAAGUUAAACGCACCGUACGGUACCAUGGCUAGGAUUAAUGGACUUGCGCUGCGUAUGCUAACAGGUGAGGUACCGGCUGACCGGGCACUUGACAUCAUGCUGUAUGAAGUGUUAACCGGAUGGACAGACUUGAAAUGUACAGAAAUGUUUCCGAGAUGCAGCAAAGCAAACCCAGCGACGGUGGUGCUAGAGUCGAUUCUCCAGCCGUUAAGAAAAUCACAAAGUAGUUCUAAUAGAUUAUAACAGAAACAGAAUGUAGUUUUUU